AUCAUCCACAAUAUUUGCUUUGAACUGGAUUAUCUGAGUCCACAUUGCCAUAUCAUCCAGUUCAGUGUGGAUUUUAUACACCUGUGUGGAAGGGGCCUAAAAGCAUCUGAAGAAGUGGGCCAAGGCAGAACUAAUUGGGGCUGUCCCUGCCAGAUCGGAACAGUUGGAGGGCAUGUCAUGCUGGCCAGAGGAUUUGGGGAGCUGCCGUCCAAAAAAAAGGGAACACUCCUAAGCAUUGCAGAUGGUAUAGUAGAUGUGCCGCCUAGAUGUUGGGAUAUGUCUUCGGGAAGUUCAUUUGCUGGUGCUUAAAAAAGAUCUUUGCACAUUUCCAUGUCUCCUGGACACAUAAGCAGACUAACCGAGGAAACACAGGCGACCAGGAGCUAGUGGAGAUCAACUGCAAGGACAUCACUUGUAUUCAGGAUGACUGGGAUGUGGAAGAGUUUGUCUCAAAAACAUGUAUGGGGAUGUUUCUCCAUCACAAAGCCUUCAAGAUCUUAUUGGCCACCUUCAUCAUGUUUAAUGCCAUUCUUAUUUCUCUGCGGACAGAGCCCACUUUGGAAGAGAGAUACUUCGAGUUCUUCUCUGCCAUAGAUACUGUUGUCCUAUCUUUACUUCUCUGUGAAGUCUUUCUCAGCUGGUACUAUGGAUUCUUGUUGUAUUGGAAGGAUGGCUGGAACAUCCUCAACUUUUUUAUCGUGGUAGCUCUCUUCAUUGGCUUUCUUAUUCCAUCGCUGAAUGAUAAAACCUUUUUCCACAUGCUCAGAGUCAUGCGACUGAUGCAGGUGUGUACCUUGGUGGGUGGUCUGGCGAGGAUGAUUCAGGUGAUCCUACAGUCUGGUCCUGACAUGGUGAACAUCAUGGUCCUGCUUUUUGCCAUCAUGUUGGUCUUCUCUGUCUUUGGUGUCACGCUCUUUGGAAGUGUUGUCCCAAAACAUUUUGGAAACCUGGGUACUGCAUUAUACACUCUCUUCAUCUGUAUAACUCAGGACGGGUGGAUUAUCAUAUAUGAUGACUUUGAACAAGAAGGCCUUGCCCUGGAGAUAGGAGGGGCCCUCUACUUCUUUAUCUUCAUCACGUUUGGGGCCUUCAUCUUUGCAAAUCUCCUUGUGGCUGUGGUGACAACCAACCUGGAACAGUCCAUGGCUGAAUACAACGUGGAGAAGCAACUGCAAUCGCAGUCCCCCCUUGAAGCGGCUAAUUUAGGACUGGACGAUGACACGGAUGAUGAUGUCUUCAUGGGCCAGUCUGAACCUGUGCAUGUGAAAGAGGUCAUGCUUGGAACACCCAUGGUCCACCGGCAGGAGCUGCUGUGCGGUGGGAACUUAGGCAACCUGAAUGAAGCCACUUGUGAAGAACUCUGCGUUGUCCUGGAAGCGAUCCACGAGAAUCUGAAGGAAUACCAAGUGAUCCGGGAUGAGCUUGACCGAAUAGUUCAGGAGGUGAGGUCUAUCCGAUUCAACGUAGAACAGGAGCAAGAGGUUGUUUUACGAAAUAUCCGUGGGGCCAACAUCUCAGAAACCGUACUUGGCACUGACAUAAUGCAGGGGAAGCCUGGCGAUGUUCUGGCUACAUUGAUGAACCUGGAGAAGUCCAGUGUAUUUGAUGCAGAAUACCAAAGGGGAGCAGUGAAAACAGCAACUCUGAGAGCACGGCGGCAGUCCUUGGGAAAGCAUGAAGCUACAGAUGAAACGUUUCGCCGACACAGUGUGCCGGAGCCAUCAGAAAAGACCCACGGUCAUCACCGCAGGCAGAGUCUGACAGGUCUUCAUCACUGAAAGUGAAAAAGAGAGAAGAUUGCUGUGGAACAUCUCCAAAUGCAGCAUGACCAAUUUGUGUCAAGCAUUUAUCAAACUAAAACUGCUUUUCAUCAUAAAUUACUUCUGUGUGGAACUUGCUUCUCUAUUGUCGUCUGCACAUAGGUUGCAACAUGUACUAAUAUUCACAUUCACUGUACAUAUCUUAUUUGAAGUGCAAAACACCGUGAAAGAACAAUACCAUAUUUAAAAUGAAGAACAAUGUUAACCAAUAUAAGCU